UUUUUUCCUAUCCUGCCUAACGCAUAGCCUUGCUCAACUAUCUGAGUGGCCCUGGGAGCUCAGAAGUUGCACAUUGUUAACUUACUCUAUGUAAACCAAUAAAUUAGCCUCUGAACAGCCUCAUGAGAUUUGGCAGUUCCUACAAGAAUCUGGAGUUUCUUUCCAGUCAGCUACGAGCACAUUCCUUGGGGGCCCCUUGGGGUCCAGAGAAGUCAAGAGCAGUGAUAGCUCCGUUCCCUGCCACACACAUACUCGGCGCACUUUCACCCUUCUUUCUGCAGCCUAUUUUACCCUUGUUUGUCGCUGUACAAUGGAUAGUGACCUUGGUUCUAUUUUAAAAUGCGGAAACUAGGUCUAUAGAGGGUCUGGCCUCGCCCAAGGUCUCAAACACCGUGUAGUGUUGAAAAUAACGUUGGGUUUGGCACUGCCUCUAGUUUAUGUGACCUCCACAAGGUUUCUGAACGUUUCUCUCCGGCCUGUUUCCUUUUCUGGAGAAGAGCGCUAAUACCUCCCGUUCUCUUACAGCUCUUUUUUAGGGUCAACCCAAGCUCUGCCGGACCAGCUCUUGGGGAAGACUGGCUGUGGCGAUAUGACCCGGGAGACACUACGGAGAGCACGUGCGCAAAGGAGCGUAAAGUGCCCGGUCCGCGAGCGCACACCUGCAGCCCUCCAUAAACACCUAUAUUUGAUCUCGACUACAGAAAACACACAGCCUCGACAGCCCAAAGUUCAGAAGAACUAUAUGAGCCGCAGAGCGCCAGAAAAGAGGAACUGAAACUACCCCGCCCACGGAAGGGCGGGACAACUGGGCCACGCCCACAGCCGGCGGGGGCGGAAGCUUGUGCAAGUAAGGCUCGCGCCUGCGCACCGCCAUCUUGUUCAAAGACCGCCUCCUUCCCCGCUGAUUGCAAUUUGCCCAUUCGAUGGGGCGGGGCUAGGCCAUGGCGACCGCGCAACCUAGUGGGUACGCGACGCGGGUAUCUACACUCGGAUCCCGGCCCGGUGAGGCCCCAGGCCGCGUGGCAGGAGCUGCGGAGCCGCCCUCCGGGCGAAGCGACCGCAAAAUCCCCCGGCUGGGGGAGCGGACCCCGGCGGCUGUGGAGAAGCGGGGGCCGUAUAUGGUGAUGCGCGCUCCUUCCAUUCAGGCCAAGCUGCAGAAGCACCGGGACCUGGCCAAGGCCGUUCUGCGGAGAAAAGGCAUGCUGGGGGCCUCGCCGAACCGCCCCGACUCUUCAGGGAAAAGGUCAGUGAAGUUUAACAAGGGCUAUACUGCUCUUAGUCAGAGUCCAGAUGAAAACCUUGUGUCCCUCGACUCUGACAGUGAUGGGGAGCUGGAAUCAACAUACUCCUCCGGGUAUUCCUCUGCAGAGCAGGUGAACCAGGAUGUGAGCCGCCAGCUGCUCCAGGAUGGGUAUCACCUGGAUGAGAUUCCAGAUGAUGAGGACUUAGACCUCAUUCCCCCCAAGUCUGCGGCCUCAACGUGCUCCUGUUGCUGGUGCUGUCUUGGGGACUCUUCCUCCUGUAACCUCCAGUAGACAAACCCCCUAGGAUGGGCCCUGCUCACCAUACCUGCAGAGCCAUUGACUCUUCCUAGGUCACAGUGCAGUGGGAAUUGCCUCAGCCCCAGAAUCACUGGAGGCACUGACCCUCUGGGAAGGUCAGUGACCUGCAGUUACCCCUGACUGGGUGCUUCUAAGGCCAGCGUCCCCAUCUGGAUGAUAGGUGAGAUUCUGUAUUUUUCCUCUGCUGUCGGAGCAGAGUUUGGCGAAACCACUUUCAUAAGGGCAGGAAUAGAGGAAUUCUGGCUCUCAACAGUGAGUGACAAGGUUGGCUAAGAAAGACUUGAAGACAUCUUGACUAGUAUUUGUCGUCAUGCUCUUUGGAAGGAAAAAGAGAGCUUUUGUGCCCAGGCUGUGCUGGGUGGUGGUGUGUGGAGGCAGAAAAUAGCAUUUGUGGCUUGCAGCUGGGAAUCUUUGAAAAAUAACUAUUUGGGACCAGUUGAAGAAAUUCAUUAAGCUCUUCUCUUCCUACCUCUAAGACAGGGUAUAGGUUUGCCCCUCAAGAGAGCAUACAGCAGGGCCCUUGGCGUCUUCUGCCUGUGCCUGUCUUCCUGUGGCAAGGAGGACAGGAGCUUGCUUGAUGACACAGCAGGAUCUCUGAACCCAGAGCACCCCCAACUGGUUCAGCUGUCUGGGUAGGUUUAGUGAGUCUGGUCAGCCCUCGUUAGAGAAACACUGCUCCACUAUAUACAUAUUUGUCUUUCCUUGGUUGCCUUUUUUCACCUUGGUCUUAGCCAGUUUCUCCGUCUCGUCUUCGAGCUAAAGGUUGGGUGAAGGGACUGGCGCCUCCUCAGAAGCCUCUUUUUUGGUUACCAGCAGAGGGAGCUGCAGGGAGCAAGCAGGUGCCUUCCUAUUUGUUUAGCUUUUUAAAUUGAGAAGUAGCAGUGGGUGAGUUGUGGCACAGCUGUGCUGGCUUGGACACAGAUGGAGACUCAGACAGGAUGGCCGGGGGGACGACCUGUGCCAGCUCCCAAGGCCCUGCCAGAGGAGACAAUCUGCCAUUGCAGAGGGCCUCCCUUUACCUCAGUGUGGGCCAGUAGACUGUGUCCAGGCCUCCGGAUUCCUCUGACCACAGCAUGAGCCUCGCAGUGGAUACUAGGAUUGGACUUCACAGGGAACCUCUGGGUGCCAUAUAGCCUCUCAGCCCAGCCUGAACACAGCAAAGGCAGGCACAUUACCCUGUGACCCCUACUCUACAGCAUCUCGUUAGACCAGACCUCUCCCUAGAAUGUAUGUUUUACAAUGUGGUUUUUGUUUUUGUUUUUGCCUCACCUAGAACAGUGGUGAGGGCUAAAUGGGCGUGGACAGGGUUCCCAGCUGAAGGGGCAGUCAGGAUUGGGGCAUGGGCCCCAGGUGGGAAAGUGCCUGGUCUGUUUCGUUUGCUGUCCUGUGGCCACGAGUAUUUGAGCGAUGGCAUGGACUCUUGUCCUACUACAUGAGGUGACUGACAGACUGAACAUCAGAUAAACUAUUUUUCAGACAACUAUCCUCAUGAGGGUAAUCCUAUUAAUGCUUGAUUGGUGUUGAUCUUGGUGCUUUUCUCAAAUCCCAGAAAGCUGAGAGGAAUAUAUGGUACCCAGGGUGCUGUGGCUAACUUCUGUUCUACAAUCUAGCAUAUCAUAGCAGGAGGGAGAUGGGAUAGAGACAGAGGCAUCUGACAUUGGGGCCCAGGGAACAGGGGAGGCAGAUGGUUAUUCUGUUCCGGAAUGGGGCUCUGCAACUCUGCACAGGGAGUGAGAGAGACAUCUCCAUUCUGAACCCCUUGUCCAUCCACAGAGACCAUAUCCAGGUCUCUGGUUUCUACAGAAGUGGAAAAGUGUACAUAAAGAAAGGGCUCAGAUGUAGGACAGUGUAAAGGAAGACAGUGGUGGUAACAGGAAACCUAGGGGGCCAAAAGUGGGGGUGGCAGCCGAGUGUGGGGCCACUUUUUUAUCGGGGAGUUGGUUAGGAUAGAGCAACCUGAGCAUUUGGAAGCUGCUGGGGGUGAGGGUGGCAGCAGGACCCCAAGACCAAGAUCCCUGGGUGGUUGUUGCUAUUAAUCCACACUGGUGUAUCUGGCUGCAGCUGUCCCAGGAGAGUCUGUGCCAGAGUUGGGCGACCCUGUAUGCAAGGCAUUACCUUUGUGCGGAAAGUUGCAGGAACCUGGAAUGCGGGAUAGAGUACAGUGAGGCAGGAGAGAAAUGGCCAGUUUUUUGUGGCUAGAGGCCAGAGGCUAAAAUGUCACCAAUAGAGGUCCUGAGGUGCCCAGAGCCCAACUGCCUUAAUUCAGAGUGCUGCGUAUUGUGCAGAUAACAGUGCCCUGGGGAGAGGGGUAUAUCUGGGCUUACCUCGCACAUGGGAAGGGGUACUGAGUGAUAUGUACAGAGAACUCUACAGAAUUCUUGGCUUAGGCUUCUCCAGCUCUGUAAGUUAAUAAUAAAUAUAGUCAUGCUAGUUGAGCUGUCUUUGUGUUGCAGUAAGAUUUUUAAGAAAGGCCUAGACCCAGUCAUUGCUCUUUCUGAAUUCUGAAAUGAAGAAAUAGCUUAAAAGCCCCAACUGUGACCGUUCCUCCUAGGACCUCUCCUCGUUUCUGCUGUUCUCAAUGGGCAUCAUUUUCAGGCCUGCUUCCCUGGAGACCAUGGAUGGAAUAGGCCUUUGCACAUCAAGUCUCUUUAGAAUGAGUUCCCUUUAGCAGACCCUUUCUUCCCAGGUCUUUUUUUUUUUUCUAGCUGAGAAAAUUCGGGGCCAAAAAACCCAGAAUUUUUUUGAAGGUAAUUUCCUGGAAUUCAGCUGUACAGGGGGUCUAGUGUGGGCAGCAGCCCAGAAAGAUCCUUUUGUGCAAGUCUAAACCCUUAGCCCACAGGAGGAGCCAAUAGCCUGGGUCUCUGCCUAGCCUGGGGUGAUAAGAUCUCAGUGACAAAAUAGACAGCUGUGCAGCUUCCUGCAUAGAUGUGCCCCAUCUCUGAGAGGGUGGGCUCUAGGAGAGUAGAUACCAUCCUAGGUAUGUGCUGCCAGUUUAGAAAAAGGAGCUAGUUGCUCUGCAUAACACAGGUUGGAUCGUCCUGUCCCCGAGUCCCUGUAUCUACAAUAAAUGAAUGUGCUCUAGAGAA